GGCCGGGAGGCGGACGAUGGGAGACAGCCGCCCGGCCAGGCCUCGCUCCGACAGGCGAGCGGCGCGCUGGACACACGAGCUGUGAGCGGCGCAGUGACGUGCCAGGUGGCACGUGCGAGUGAGCAGUGCGCCCCACGCCGCCUGCCAGUCCACGGGGAAAGACAGCGCGACGUGCUCGCCCAGCUUCCCGGCCUGGGUGCACCGCUCGUGGGAAAGAACACCGCGGAGCGUGAGCACCAGUGACGGCUGCUGGACAGGUGUCGAGUUCGCCAGUGACCUGCCCACCGACGCUGGCCGCUCCCGGGGGCCGGCGCUGACCAGAGGGGGCAGCUCGCCACGCGGCCGCCACCCCGGCCCCGGGACAGUUCAGCAUGGCCAUCUGCAGGACAGCACUGCUGCCGCUACGGGUGAUGCUCUUCUCAUUCUACGGAGGCAUCAGCUGCGUGCUGCCGUUCGUCACGCUCCACAUGUCGACGCUGGGCCUGACGGCCGACGAGCUGAGCUGGCUGCAGUUCGUGCUGCCGUUCGUCGGCUGCGCUGGCCCACUGCUGGGCGGCGCGCUGGCCGACCGCUGGGGCAGCUACCGGCCGCUGCUGGUGGCGUCGCUGCUGGUCUGCGCCGCCGCCUACCCCUGCCUGAUGCUGGUGCCGGCCGUGCGGGAGCCGGCGUCGCGACCCAGCCCGACGCUCUCCUUCCACUGCAACGACGAGGGCAGCGCGGUGGCUAGCGAGUGGUGCGGCGCCGCCUGCCAGCCGGGCGACGAUGUGCUCCGCGUCUACUACCUGGAGCGGUGCUCGUUCGAGUGCGAGCCGGGGGUGACGCUGCCGUCCGGUCUGCCGCACCUCUGCCUCGAGGCCGACAACAGCACCUUCUGCGAGGUAGUGGCCGACGUCGGCGACGGCCUGGUGGUGAACGCGUCGCUGCCGCGCGUCCUGCCGCGGCCCGAGCUGCGCCAGUGCUGGUAUCCGCUGGUGGACCUGAUGUCGCGCGGCGAGCGGUACCGUGGCCUCGCCUGCCGCAGCCCGCCCGGCUGCGGCGUGCGCUGCCAGCCGCGACAGCUCACCGCCCAGGACCUGCUCUUCACCGGAGAGCGGUGCGCGGAGGACCUCGGCGACCGACGGCUCACCUUCUGGCUGUACUUCGGCCUGCGCGCGCUGACCGAGCUGUGCCUGCCGCUGGCGCUGGUGUUGAUCAACGCCACCGUGCUGCUGCUGCGCCGACGACACGACUCCGACUUCGGCUGGGAGUUCGUCUGGGGGCUGCUCGGUCUCAUGACGUUCGCGCCAUUCUGCGGCUAUCUGAUCGACGUACACGGAAAGCUCUUCCACUACCUGGACUUCCGGCCCAGCUUUUACGUCUUCUGCGCGCUGAUGUUGAUCUGCGUGAUUCUUGCGUCAGUGUUGCCAGUGCAGCCGCCGCCGACGCCGGGCGGCCGCUCCUACUCACGCCUGCUCGCCAAGAGUCUCGGCAACUUGGAGUUCUUCAGCGUGCUGUGCGUGCUGCUGCUGCUCGGCUCGCUCUGGGGCUUUCUCGAGGCGUUCCUGUACGCCCACCUGCAGAGCCUGGGCGGCACCCAACUGCAGAACGGCCUGAGCCUGGUGGCCGGCGCCCUGCUGCUGGUGCCCUUCCUGCUGAAGGCCGAGCCGCUCAUAAACUACUGCGGACACCACCACAUUUUCAUCAUCGCCUUCAUCCUCUACAUCGUCCGCUACGUCAGCUACGCCUACAUCAUCGCGCCGUGGCUGGCGCUGGUGGCGGAGUCGCUGGAGAUGUUCACACUGCACCUGGCCUGGAUGGCGGCCGUCCUCUUCACCUCCGGCCAGAGCUCGCCCGCCAUCGAGGCCACCACACAAGCCGUCAUCACCGUCUGCCACUACGGCAUAGGUCGCGGUUUGGGGGCCGGCGUGGUGCGGUACCUGCUGCCGCUGACCUCCGGGUUCCUGCUGCUCUGCGCCGGCUCAGUGCUGGCGGCCGCCUCCUCUGUGCUCUACAUGCUCAUCUACUACUGCUGCCGAACGCUGCCGCCCCGCCGGCACAGCUAUGGAAGACACAAGCGGGAGAUGUACAGCAGUAGCGGCGCCAUGCUGAACGGAACGUACGCGCCACUGAAGCAGCGCCACAAUGGCGUCUGAGACGGCGCCCGAGCUCUCCAACCGACCGGCAGAGCUCCCCAGCCGACAGGCAGGAUUCCCAAGCCGACCGGCAGAACUCCCCAGCUUGCCGGCAGAGCUCUGCAGUUGACCAGCAGAGCUCCCCAGCCGACCGGCAGAACUCCCCAGUUGACCGGCAAAACUCCCCAGCCGACCGGCAGAACUCCCCAGCCGACCGACAGAAUUCCCCAGCCGACCGGUAGAACUCCCCAGCCGACCGGCAGGACCCUGCAGCAUAUCGGUGAAGCUCCCGCCGACCGGCAUAACUCCCCAGCCAACCGGCAGAACUCCCCAGCCGACCGGCAGAGCUUCGCAGCCGAUCGGCAGAGCUCCGCAGCUGACCGGUAGAACUCCCCAGCCGACCGGCAGAACCCUGCAGCAUAUCGGUGAAACUCCCCGCCGACCGGCAGAACUCACUAGCCGACCGGCAGAACUCCCCAGCCGACCGGCAGCGUUCCCCGCCGACGACAGAGCUCCGCAGACGCCGCUGUCCACGCAGUGAGUCAUCAGGCAGCUUGUCGCCAGCUCUGUUGCGGAAACGGCUCGCACCAAGGCCACAGACCGCCGAUACCUGAAUGACUUUGGAGAAGGCAGGGUCCGUACACCGCACUGCCCAUGCCGACGACAGCUAGAGUCAGAGCCACCAUACCACAACGUCGCACUGACCACAGCUGGAGUCGGAGUCGGAGUCUGAGUCGGCAAGCACGGUCCGACGCCGGUGCGUGCCCUGGAGGUGGCCGCUGCCCUCUGUCGCCCGGAGGUCUCCUUUGAGACAGCGCCGCUAGUGUCACCAUCUCUUGUCGGCGCCGUCCCGUGGUGACAACGCGCGCGCGCGUGUUUGUGUGCGGAGGACCGCGUCAACAGCCCUGUGACACGUGCCAGCUGACACUCGUGAGUGGAUGGAAAGGCGCCGUUGACAGCGAGCCGGCGCGUGAGAGGUCAGCGUCAUCGGACCACACCGCCAUGACACGAGCAAAUGGUUUGCUUUGAAAACCUCGUGUCGUUGGCCGGAUUAACGUCAACGCUACAAUAACGAUAGUUGGUAGCGUCAAGGCGAUACAUGUGCACUGAAUUUGCCGGACACAGGAUAGCCGCCCAUGCGCUGCCACCAGCGGAUCGCCCGUUCGCAGUGUCUGGCGCUGUAAGUCAUGCAGUUACUAGAGAUGGGUUGCAUCUUGUUAAAUGUGAAAGGUCUUGAUUUGUCUUACCGACCUUGUCGUAUUACGUAUUAGUUACGGUGUCUUCAAAUGCAUUUUCAUGAUCAUGUCAUGUUGUUAGCAUAUAUAGGAGCGUAGUUGGUGGAUUACAGAUUAUGCCCUGCCACGAUUCCCUGCGGUUUUACUCAGCGGUGACUUUCUUUAAAGCUUUGUUUUCAAACAGCUGACAGUCGCCCCCGUGUCGUAGUCGGCCAAGACACCGAUCCCGCUCCACUUGUGCGCCGAGCGGAAGCGUCGUUGACGACUCAGUGACCACACAUUAACGCCUGCUAUGUCCACUGGGGCCAUGUCAACCGCACAGCUGAUUAAGCCGCGCGCGAAGUGAUUGUUUUCCUUUUUGUUUUGUUUUUCAAAUACAGAAGCAUCCACGGUCUG